GUCUUUCCAAAUCCGCCCGCCUGGUAGCGGUCUCGCCGUCUCGCCUUCCAGCCCCCCCGUGUAAUAUGGCGUAAUGGAUCCGCUCUGAUAUCGAAUUUGUUUGUGUUCAAGUGGCCCACAGCUCCCCUUUGACAUCCGCUCUACUCAUGGUACUCAGCUCAAGAUCAGGUGUUUUAGUCCGAUGUGACCUCUUUCUUGGUCCAUUUGGUCAGCUUCACUUUCAGCACACUCCGCUUUGGUUAAAUCAUGGCUCUGAUUGAAUGAGUCGUGGGGAGAUCUAAUGUCGAGGAUGAAGCCAUGAAGACUGAAAAAGACUACUGAUACGAAAGGACGCUCAUAUUCAAGAGACAUGAGUUGAAAUAGUGAGUGACGCUUCGCCAAAUGUUGCAAGGUUAUCAUGGACGAGGCAGUGAGCGGUGGAUCCCGGCAACAUAGGCCGUGGGAGUCGUCGAAGUACACUAGCAACGGUGGGUCGCAGCCUAGCCCGACAGUCUCGCUGGCCGAGAUAUUCGACACCGCCUUUUCCUCCGAUGUGGAUACAACGAGAGAUGGUGAAUGCGUUAUCGGUGAAAUGGAGCUUGACCCGCUAUUUGCGGAGAGUGACGUCGAGGGCAACGGCGAGGUAGCGCAGGAAGUCGUCGAGGAACGGUGGAACCCAGGCUACCAGAGGUAUUACCACUCGACGCUACCGACUCCAGAAGUGGUAGCUGACCUCUGGGGCGCAGGACCCUCCUUCCCCUCUUCGCCGCAAUUUCCCAUCCCGCCUCAUCCUAUACCCACCCACCACUACAACCUUAACAGGCAUAGACAUCACAGGUUUCACCAAGGUGGGGAAGUGAAUGCAGAAGCGGGACCUUCCAGAACUGAACCCCGGCAAACCAGGGUACCCCAGGGAAAUGGUUUGAGACCUCAGUCAAAUACUAGGCCUAGGAGGAAAACGUACAAUAGAAACCCCAGGCCUAGAUAUGCGACGCCGCCCCCGGCCUCUCCAGGUGUACUGAGCGAGGACGACUCGCCGCUCGCUCCGGACCUACAGCUUGAUUGGUUGUCGUCGACAGAAGAGGAACCGAGCGACGACGACAGCGGAAUCGAAGUGGUGUCCGUUCAGUACAAUAACAACAAUAACAAUAACAAUAGCAAUGGCAGCAGCAGCGGCAUCAACGCAGGGGGCAACAAUGCUCACCUCAGCAGCCACCACCACUCUUCGGCCGGUGGACCCUCAGUUGGGAGGAAUUCUUCAAGUGGCCACGUCAGUACCGGAAAUGCCAACAACUCAGUUAACCACAACAUAGUUCCGGUUCAAGUUGUCGAUCUAACCCAAGAAUCAGAUGAGGAGUUGGUGUUUGGUGGGGCGCCACCACCUCCUCACACACGUGGCCCUCCCCCGCCUCUGAUACGUUUUCGGGUCCCAUGCCGCUACCCACCAGGGGGUGGUGGAGAUGUCGAGCCUAAUACAAGUGGAGGCGGGCGGUUGGACGUAAACCAGCCUCCGCCGAUGUCGUACCCCCAGCCUCCACCACCGCCACCCCCAUGCCUCCAUGCGGCCCCGCCUCCACCGUGGCCAACCAUGGGCGCUGCACCUCACCUCCCGCCUCACUCGCUUCAGUACCCGCCGGGUGUCGGAAUCGUUAAUCCGGCAGGUGGGAUGGUCAGCAUGGGUUACGUGCCGCCCAGGGUCUACAGUGGUUAUUCUUUGCAUCACAGGCAGUGGCUAUCCCAACAUCGCAUGCAAGAAAUGCAUAGAAGAAGGCUAGACCACCAUUUACACAGUUUACAAAGGACACGUGAUAUGAUGGAAUCUUACCACGGUGAUACAAUGCAGUUUCCUCCUCAUAUGCCUCCGCUACCUCCGCCACAGCAGCCGACAGUUUUUUCGCGUCCGGAAGUUCCAAAUCCUCCUAUGCACCCUCCAGUCAUGGUAGGCGAGCCCAUGGACAUAGUCCCACCGCCUACACCGAUGCAAGCCGAAAUCCUAGUGCAACCACCUAAUGCUCACCAACAUGUCCAUCAUUAUGUACACUACCCACAUGGAAGGAUGGCCCAUCUCCACAUAAGUAUAGGACAUGGCCCUUCAGUCGGUGGUCGAAUGGCCGGGCAAGAAAUUCUGUUACCCGCCCCGAUUGUACCCCCUGAAAUGGUGCCAUUCCCUUUCUUAACACGGCAGCUCACAUUCAGGCUAGACGACUACAUGAGGUUCCUGGAGAACAGAAGAGCGGCUUCAGCGAUCCGCGGUGCCUCUCAGACAACGAUCGAGAGGUUCACGUUCCCACAUAAGUACAAAAGGAUGAAAAAGGACACGGAUGAUUUAGAAGAUAAUACCGAGAAGUGUACGAUAUGCUUGUCAGAAUUCGAAGACUUUGAAGAUGUUAGGCGACUCCCUUGCAUGCAUCUAUUUCACGUGGAGUGUGUCGAUCAGUGGUUGUCUUCAAACAAAAGGUGUCCCAUUUGUAGAGUCGACAUUGAGACCCAUCUUAACAAGGAUACGACCUGGGCCACUUGACCAAUGUCGCACCCUGCUUGCUACCCCAAACAAAUGUAAAUCCUCAAACAUAAGCUGACAAAAAAAAAACACAAAAAAAAACUUGGAGUGGCAAAAUGGGUGUGUGUCCUGUCUCAAAUUACCAAAGUACCGUCUUUGUACUAUUGUGUCGAUUAAAGUGGAUGUGCGUACCUAUCGUUCUAUAUAAACAAGUAUUAUCGUAAAAAAA